CACCACCACCACCACCCCCACAGCCACCACCUGAAGAACCAGCAUCUAGUAGCGCAGAGAGUUCCUAUGACUUCUCUGGAAAAAAGCAUAAGCGUGGUAAGUCAUGUGGGAAAGGCCUCCAUGAUAUUUUGGAGGCCAAUGAUGGAAAGAAAAUGCCAGUUAUCUUUGACUUGAAACACCAAGUCCCCAGUGAUGAUAAAGUGGGAGCUUUAUUCAGUUCCGAAAUAGGGAACAUUGUUCGGACUAGUGCACCAGUAUGCCACUUGGGAUGGAAGAAGGUUUCAACUGAUGAUAAGGGGAAAAUGCGGGACUCAUUGACAGUAUUGUUUGAGGUGGACUUAUCACAUCCGACCAGCACCAGCUCAGCACCAGCUCAUGUCCAGACCAGCACCAGCUCUAGAGGUAGUAAUGGUGUCCAUUCUGAUGAUGACUAUUAUGAUGAACUAGCAAACCAGAAUCUUGAUGAGAACUGAUUUAGGGAUUAUAUCCAUAUGGAACAUACACUUGCUCUCUAGACUUACUUUUGGUUG